AUGAAGCUCUACAAAAAUUUGGUGCUUUCCUUUUCGUAUUCCAAGGAAUCGCAAUGUUACGUCAGCUGCACGGAUCUCUGCGCCGUCAAAAAGCUUGUCUCGGAAGAUCAGUGGAAAGUCAAUUUGAAAGGAUUGUUCUAUAUUUACCAAGCAAUGAAUCCAAAUAUUAAGUCAAUACGCUCGGGAAUGGUCUUGGUCAUUGAAUGUCUGGGAUUUUCUCCCUCAAAGGCUGGUGGAGUCAAUCAUUUCAAGAGAGUGGGCGACGAGCUGCUGAAUUGCUACCCCGCCAAACAUCAGGCCAUGAAACACUAUCAUUCGGGAAUCUUUAGCAAUGUUGCCGUAGCCAUUGUCAAACCAUUUCUUCCCAAGGAGCUGAGAGACGCAAUAGAAGUGGGCUGUCUCUAUGACGGGAGGCUGGACAGUUUGUUUCUGGUGCCGGACGCUGAAACGGCACAACGACGGAACUACUUUCGCAUCAUGGACACUCUCAAACUACGCUAUGACAAUGAACGACAAUUCUCGGUGCUAUGGCCCGCUCUAGAUGCACCACAGACACAAUCGUGA